ACUAUUUCAAGGUAUUGCGUGUGGUCUGAUUUUUUGCUGCCUCUGUUGCGACUUGUGUAUGUGAACUGUUUUUUUCGGGUAUUAAUUGCAUUAAAAAUUCAUACCGACUCAGAGGAACUACAAUCGAUACAAGCAUUGUCUGUAAACACAUGGACAACCGGUAAAGUUGGAGCAAAGUGGAAAGUGGCGUGUCUUGAAUGUAGACAGUUGUGCGAGUAUUUUUGUACAAGUCUCGCUAAGAAGUAAAGUAAAUUGUUACCCCUGCUCAGAUUUAGAAAAUGGUGAGUUGACUCACUCCAGAUCUGGAUGAGUUACAACAAAAACCUCAGCCGCUCGCUUUAAGCGAUUCCCUUGGGAUGAGUCAAUAUAUCUACUUCUGGAAACUGUUUAGAAACAAAAACAAACAUAUCAGCAGCACUAGCCGGACUGCACAACAGGACUGGUGUCCCUACAUCCUGUUACUACAAGGCGUCCUUCUCAUCUGGGCACUCAGACAACUCUUCCUUAUAUUCUGGAAAUACUGUACCCACAAUGGUUACAUCGAGUCAGUGGUCCCGGGACCCUGGGUGUGGCCCAUAUUCGGGCACAUCCCUACGGCGGUACCCAUCAGACCAGCGGGUCUCCAGAGAUUUCACGAAUGGACAAAACGGUUCCCUGUCAUGGUCAAGUACAUGGUAUCCUCCUUUAUUCCUAUCACUUACGUACAUCACCCCGUCCCGAUACGGGAACUCCUCUCCCUCAAUCUGCCCAAAGAAAGGAAAUACGUCUACCGCUUCCUUGAAGCGUAUACAGGAGAAGGUCUGAUCGUAGCUAGUCAGCCAAAGUGGGGUAAACAUAGAAGACUCAUAAACAAAGCAUUUCACAGAAAAGCACUUAACAGCUACAGGCAUAAGAUCGUCGACAGUUGCAAAGCAUUCACCGACAAACUAGAAGGCAUGGACGGGGCUGAAGUAAAUGCUACACACGAAUGUGGGAUGCUUGCACUCGACACAUUAUUAAGUUGCACAUUCUCGUUACAAGCAGCGUGGCAACACGACCCCAAAGUUGACAGAUUUGUCAAGAUAGUAUCUGAGUGUGUCAGCAUCCUAACUCGCCGUAUUUACAAUCCUAUCUGGUACCUUGACUGGAUCUUCUUCAGGUUGCCGGCAGGGCGGAAGUUCCUCGAACUGGUUAAAGAAGCAAGAGAAUUCUCUCAACAAAUCAUCGAGAAAUCAAAUGCAGAAAGCCCACAAGAUAAUAUCAUAUCACAUGUGCUGAGUGCGCCAGAUUCCAUAACCACACUAGAUCUUGCCAACGAGGUUACAACAAUUCUUUUCGCGGGACACGACACCACGGCACAUGCCAUGGCAUUUAGCCUGGUGCUCCUAGCACAGCACAAGGACUGCUGGAAACGGUGCAGGGACGAGGUCUUAAACUCAUCAGUUGAUCUAGACGACUGCACAGAAAAUCUACAAGACAUUUUUCCCUACGUGAACCAGUGUAUAAAAGAGACGUUACGUCUGUAUCCAUCUGUACCAAUCAUCGCUAAACGUACUGAUAGACCUCUCUCAAUUUGUGGGAUAGACUUUCCCGCUCAGACUUGGUUUGCUAUAAACUUCUACUCAUUACACCGACAUCAGGACUAUUGGAAGGACCCUCUAAAAUUUGACCCCGAGAGGUUCAACGAAAUAAAUAUUAAAAAUAUAACACCGUUCACGUACCUUCCCUUCUCAUCUGGUCCCCGUAACUGUAUCGGAAGCAAAUUUGCACUAAUGGAAAUGAUGACCGCUUUGGUCCAGGUAGUCAGAACAUUCGAUGACAUUGAGUGCAUCAAGUUUGGUGAGGUGUACUCUGAUGUUGUCCUUCGGCCUGAAGAAAUUAAACUUAAGUUUAUUAAGAGAUAACGGAAGUCUGGUUGUAAUUUAGUAACUAUUGGUCCCUCGGAGUACGCUACCAGUGGAGAGUCGUAUCAGUAGUAUUGAAAACGAAUGACAAACUUUGAUCUAGUAGCCACAGAAGAUUCGAGGCAUUGAAUGUUGGCUGAGUUAGUGAACUUGAAGAAAGACAGAGUCACUGCCUGUUGAUAACUUUAAUAUAUGUGAUUUAUUUGAAAUGAUUUUAUUAACUUAUAUAAAGCACAUUUUCAAGCAUGCGUGUUAGAUUUUAAAUGAUUAGGUAAAUUAUUCAUCAAGUACAACAAAUUUUCCUUGAGUACAAAUUAUCGGAGUUUUACAAGAAUAGCUUCCCACAUCUCUAUACCUUGAUCAACUUAAGCAAAUUUGACGGCUAUUGGACUAUUAGGUUAGAGUUUAAGUGAUCAAGAAAUGAGCUCUACUGCAUACUUGGGAUAGUUAUUUCUUGACAAUAUCUGAAUAUCAUGUUAAUUCUAUAACAAUAACAUGAAUCAUGAAUUUUAGCUUUAUCAAUUCGUCGUUAAUUUUGAUAUUUUAUAAUUUAUAGUUUUCAAUAAUUAUCA